AUGAAAGGAAUGUCACUAGUGGAUUCCUGCUCUCAUUUUAAUUCUCACUCGUUAGCCAACUCGCCCGAUAUUGUUGAAGUCAAAGACGCCUGCGUUGGGAGUGAGAACAAGGUGAAUGAAGACGACUUCAAAAGAACUAUACUUCUAGACCAAUGGCGAAAACGCCUAAGGGCGAAGGAUUUUGUCGAUCAACUGCUGGAGAAGGAGGAGGAGAGGAUGUGUCACAAGGAUGUCACUGGAUGUGCAUAUUACCAGCCUCAAAUGCAAAUGCAAUUUGGACCAAGGGUUGAAAAUGGCCUAAUGAUGGAAAAUCAAUUUUGCUAUAAUCGUAGAGGCAACGCAUCGGGCAAUUUUCAGGCCUCCAAUACCCUCUCCGCCUCGACACCUACUUUGUCAACUUCAGCAAAUUCGUAUUCCACGCCAUAUAAUGCCUCCCCCAAUUGGAAUGUGAAUUUUAAUCCCAACUUAAAUUGGGCUAACCAUUUUCCACAAAGCUAA